AUGUGGGUGUACAAGGCAGUUGUGAAGCCUAUCGUGGGGCAACAAUUUGUUUCCUUGGAUGGUGCUGUUGUGUUUUAUAAGCAAUAUGCUGGGACUGUUGGGUUUGAUUAUAGGCAACACUCAAUUCGGAAAGAUAGGGAUGGUGUUGUUGUGGAGAAGCACGUAGUAUGUAACCGUCAGGGUUUUAAGCAGAGGGUUUCUAGGGUUGCUAAAACUACUUUGGCGAGGAGACAGAGGGUGACAAAUAUGGUUCGUUGUAAGGCUAAGGUUGUGAUAAAGCGUAAGUCUAAUGGGUUGUAUGUUGUGCAUUAUUUUAAGGAACGUCACACCCAUUCGAUGUGUUCAAUUAUUGCUAGGCAAUUUUUAAAGGUGAAUCGUAGUCUCGAUGCUGGACACCAAAUGUUUAUUGCUAGUUGUGUUCGGGCAAAUAUUGGGUCUGUUCGGUCAUAUAGGCUGUUUAAAGAGAUUGUUGGUGAGUAUUCCAGUGUCGUGGCUACAGGUGUGGAUUUUAAGAAUUUCAAGCGUGACCUGAUGGCGUACAUUCUAAAUGGUGAUGCUCAAUUAUUCAUAGAUACGCUAUUCAAGAGACGUGAGUUGUGUGAGGCAUUUGAUUUUGAAUAUGAUGUUGAUGAAGGUGAUCAACUUUCAAGGGUUUUUUGGGCGGAUGCAGUAUCUAGGAAGAAUUUUGCGUUGUUUGGUGAUGUUGUUUCAUUUGAUGCUACAUAUCGUACUAACAGGUAUAAGUUGGUGUUUGUUCCAUUUACUGGAAUUGAUAACCAUAAGAGAUCCAUCACCUUCGGUGCUGGUUUGCUUACGAGGGAAGAUGUAGACUCAUAUGUGUGGCUUUUGGAGAAAUUUAAGAAAACUAUGUGUCAUGACCCUAUAUGUGUUGUUACUGAUCAAGAUCCAGCUCUCAAGGUUGCUGUUGCUCUCGUGUUUGGUACAUCAAAACAUAGAUUUUGCAUGUGGCAUAUAAUGUGCAAGGUUGGUGAGAAGGUUGGACUGAUUCUAUCUAAAGAUGAAGUGUUUAGGAGGAAGUUGAAUGGCAUUGUCUGGAACAAAUCACUGGACUCCAAGUCCUUUGAGGAGGCAUGGAGUUGUAUCAUGGAGGAAUAUGGUUUGGGUGACAAUGACAGCAUGGCUUUGGAGAAGCAUGCAAUGGAUGUUUACACCAUUUCUGUAUUUUAUGAUAUUCAAGUAGAGAUUUGUGCAGCUUGUUAUUCGUGUCAAGUGGUGUCUUUGUGUGAUUGUGAUGGCCAUAUGUCAUAUGGGAUAAAAGAUGGUGCACAACGGGCAUGGUAUGUGGUGUCUCGGUGGACAAAGGGUGCUUGUUUGAAGCCAAUAUUUCAUAUUGAUGAUACAAUUGUUGAUCAAUCUUCUAAAGUGGAGAAUGUUAGGAUUUUUACUAAUCUAUUGUGGUCUGACAUAUAUGCUUGCGUGAGCUUGGCCAAUGGUAAUAUAGAACGUUUGGCACAGCUACGACGUGUUAUUUGUGAGCAAAGGCAAUUAUUUCUCCAAGAGGGGAGUGAGGAUGGCAGUGGGGUGGUGGCUGGUGGCAGCAAACAAAGUGUGAUCAAUUCAUUUUGUGGAGAUGUGUCUCAGGGGUCAACAGUGGAGGUGCGCGAUCCUAUUCAAGCUAAGAACAAGGGUAGCGGUAAGCGGUUGAAGAGUAAAAGGGAGAAAGCUGCUAGCAAGUGUGUAAAGCAAUCAAGGAAAUGCCAUACUUGUGAUGAAUAUGGUCAUAAUAGUAGGACAUGCCCUUUAAAUGGUUAG